AUGACUGGUGCGGCUCCAGACUUUAAGCUGAGUGCGGUGCUCAGCGGACACCAGAGUGAUGUUCGUGGUGUCCUUUUCCCCGACCCUUCUUUCGCUAUUACCGCCUCACGCGACGGGUCGACGCGUGUCUGGAAGCAGACUUCCACCAGUCCUCCCAGAUACGACGGCAGCGAAUCCUCCCACGGUGCGCAGUUCAAGACUUGCUUAGCAUAUGUCCCCCCUUCGAAAGAGUUCCCGGAUGGCCUCAUUCUUUCAUCCGGUCAAGACGCCCUCAUCGAGGCCAGGCAGCCAACCUCCACCACCGACGUAAAUGCCGAUGCCAUCAUGGUCGGACACAGCCACCAAGUGUGCUCCUUGGAUGUGUGUGCAUCCGCCAACUACUUUGUCAGUGGGAGCUGGGACAGUACAGCCAAACUGUGGGAGAUUGGCCGAUGGGAGGCCGCAUUUGAUCUGCAAGGACAUACAGCUACGGUCUGGGCAGUGCUGGCUUACGAUCGGGAUACCAUCGUUACGGGAUGCGCAGACCGCGGAAUCAGAAUCUUCGACUCUCGAGGAAAAGUGAAGGUCUCGUGGGACGGGAAGGACAUCGUGCGCGCUCUCGCACGACUUCCCCCGGGACACCCUACGGGAGCUGACCUUGCUUCGGCAUCUAAUGAUGGUGUCAUCCGUCUAUGGACCUUGAAAGGGGAUUUGGUGACUGAAUUGUUCGGUCACGAAUCUUUCAUCUAUUCACUAGCCGUGCUACCAUCAGGCGAGAUCGUGAGUUCUGGGGAGGACCGCUCGGUUCGUAUUUGGCAGGGCACAAGCUGUGUCCAGGUCAUCACAUUACCGGCAAUCUCCGUCUGGAGCGUUUCUGCAGGGCCAAAUGGCGAUAUCAUCGUUGGUUCGAGUGACAAGCUGGCCAGGAUCUUCACGCGGGAGCCGGAGAGGGUGGCAGACCAAGAGACUCUGGCCUCAUUCGAGGAGUCAGUCAAAGCAUCAAGCAUUCCUCAGCAACAAGUCGGCCAGAUCAACAUGACAGACUUGCCAGGUCCCGAGUUCCUUCAACGCAAGGCCGGCACUAAGGAAGGUCAAAGCCAAAUAGUUAAAGAAGAUGAUGGCAGUGCGUCCUUGUACCAGUGGUCCAUGUCCCAACAGCAGUGGAUCAAGAUCGGACAAGUCGUGGACUCCACUGGAUCGGGCGGAAGCAAAACCACCUACAACGGGAAGGAGUAUGACUAUGUUUUCGACAUUGACAUUGAAGACGGCAAGCCUCCGCUGAAGUUGCCAUUCAACGUCAAUCAGAACCCUUACGACGCUGCGACGAAAUUCCUUCAGGAUAACGAACUGCCGCUGUCCUAUCUGGAAGAGACGGCCAAUUUCAUCAUCAAGAACACUCAAGGGGCCACAUUAGGACAGUCAGAACCCGAAGGCGCCGAUGCCUGGGGGACAGAAAAUCGCUAUCGACCUGGCCAAGUUCCCACCUCUUCCUACCAGCCACCCCCUGCACCAGCCCGAAAAAUCCUUCCGCAAAAAGACUACCUGUCCGUCGUGAUUGGAAAGCCAGCCGCUGCGAUGGGUCAAAUUACAAAGAAGAAUGCCGAGUAUGGUCAGGGCGACUUGAGUUUGUCGGCAAACGACAUCCAAAACCUGACGACAGUUGCACAGCAGCUGGAGAAAUUCAACUUCCAGGGUGGUCCCUCAUUAGCGGCAUCAGCUCUCCAACCCGCCAUGCCGGCUUUGGUGAGAGUUGUGACUGAAUGGCAGCCACCGCCUAAUCGCCUGGCGGGUCUUGACCUCCUUCGGUUUAUCGCGGCAGCAGCAAAGGAAUUCCCCCUGGGACGUGCCGAUGGACUGGACAUCGUGGCUAGCAUCUUGGGCAGUGGCAUUUUUGACCCGGACUUUGUCGGAUCCAACAACAAGUUGGCGAUGAUUGCAAUGCGGUUCUUCUCCAACCUGCUAUACGGGUCAAGUACCGGGCGCGACCUCGUCAGAGAACAUCUAGACGAAAUCAUCGAGAGUCUCAAGCCCCUGUCGGCCGUGGUCUCGUCUGAUGUUUCUGUUGCGAUUGCCCUGACUACGCUCUAUCUCAACAUUGCCGUCUUCAUCAUCCGCGACAAGAGUGCCGACCCCGACACCAAAGCCACUUAUGGCCUAUCGCUGGUGGAGGAACUGUCCAAGAUACUGGCUACAUUCCCUGCUGUCAACCACACCCCAGCGGCCAGCCCCUCGGCACAGUCGACCGAACCCGCCUACCGGACCAUCGUGGCACUCGGCACGGUGCUCGUCGGCUUCAGCCGCUCCGAUCUCACGUCGGCGGCUAAGGAUAUCUUCGACAUUCCCGCGGCUUUGACACAACUACGGAGCAAGAAGUAUUUGGACGAGCCGAGAUUCAAGGCGGUGGUGGGGGAGAUUCAAGCAGCCCUGCGCUAA